AUGGGUAGUGCCACCACUCUCCCCUUCUGGAACUAUAAUAUUCCUGAGGACCAAAGAACUGAUAAAUGCCCCGAAUUUCUCCAUAACACCAAUGAGAAAGAUCAGGGCAUUCUCUCCACACUCGACGAGGAAUAUCAUAUCUCGACCUGGGACGAGGUUCGUGAGAUUAUCGAGACAAACCAUCUCGAGAAGUUCAAGCGUGUCCCGUCGGAGCUCAGACGCUACAAGGCUUUUGUUUUCCAUCUUAAACAAAACUACGGCAGUGUCGCCAACUUCAUUCUUGCCCACCGGCUUGGGUGGGCUGCUCCUGUGAAACCGCGCGGAGUACCCUUCGAGUUUGAGGACGACUACAAGAUCUUAUGGAACGACGCUCCGUAUGGUAUAGAUCCGAGAAUCGUCCAUCUUGUCGUGUGGACCAAAUUUGUUCUCGAGGAGGAUUCCGCAACAGGAGAUUUGACGGAUGAGGCGAGGAAGGAGAUUGAUGAUUUCGUGACAAGGACAUUCAGGGCGCAUGUCCCAGAGCAGCAUGUUCUUUGGUUCAGGAACUGGCAGGGUCUACAGUCGGUCAAAGCUGUGCAGCACUUACACGUCAUGCUCCUCAACCCAGAUCCCGACUUCGUACGGACAGUUACCAAUGGAGAUAUCCCUCGAGCAGGAGUAGAGGUAAGCAAGUGA